GUCGAUGCAAAUUAACCUAAAAAUUAGAAGUUGAGUUGAGCCAUGAGACGUGAAUUGAGAUAAUAGUAAUAAGUUUAAACAGUAAUAUUAUAUGUUUUAAUUUCUAAAGUCAUAUUAUCAUGUGUGGUAUCUUUCUAUAUCUAGUGAAAAAUGGUGAUCAACAAACUGAUGACAGCAAACUGAAUGUUGAUUCAAUACAUGAACUGUUGUCAAAUCGAGGCCCAGAUUCUAGACAUGAAUUAAAACUGAAUAUCUGUGACUGGAGUGCUCAUUUUGUUGGACAUGUUCUCCACACUCAGGGCCAGUCAAUAUGCAGGCAGCCACUGACAAACGAAAACGGCCAUAUUCUGUUGUGGAAUGGGGAUGUAUUUAAUGACUCAUAUGUUACUGAAGACGAAUGUGACACCACUGAGGUGUUCAAAAACAUGAAUAGAGAUGGAGUUCUCCAUACGGUUAGUGAGCUGACUGGACCGUUUGCAUUUAUCUACUACAAUAGUGAUGAGCAAAGUGUGUGGUUCGGCAGAGAUGUGAUCGGUCGACACAGUUUACUGUGGAGUGUAACCGCUGACUCUAUUUUAAUCACAUCUGUUGCUGGUGUUAAACGGGACUUUAAAUUCACUGAAGUACCGUCUAAAGGCAUUUUCAAGUUGAACUUGGAAACACAAUCGUUAGAUUUUCAUCCUUGGUCUCACAGUGAGGACUUCUGUCCCCAAUCCUCCGAAAACGUUCCAAUCAUUAAGAAAACUUCAGUGAGGCAUUUUCUGAUUGACUCUUUUGCGAACAAAGACACAAAUCCACAAGAUGUUGAAGCAUAUACGGUUUCAACUAACAAAAAUGACGAGUUUUAUGCCCGACUUCUCGCCAACAGCGAAGUAUUGCCACGAGUUGAAAAGUUUAUUGAUAUUCUAUCAAAAUCGAUAAAAGUGAGAACUGAAAAACAACCGAAGGUGUGUAAACUGUGCAUCAAUACCAGGAAAGAAUUCUGGCCUCGGUGUAAUCAUUCAAAGCUUGGGAUAUUGUUUUCUGGUGGAUUGGAUUCAACCGUUUUAGCGUUAUUGGCUGAUAAGUUUGUGCCUCCCGAGGAUCCAAUAGACCUUUUCAAUGUUGCGUUCCAGAAUCCGACAAAAAGUACUGUCAAUUUCAGUGUUCCCGACAGAGAAACAGGGCUAUCUUCGCUCAAGGAAUUGCAGAGUCUUUGUCCAAAAAGAACAUGGAAUUUUGUGAAGAUUGAUGUACCUUUUACGGAAUUGAUGAUAACGCGUGUCAACCACAUUUCCGAUCUGAUCCAUCCUUUGGACACAGUACUUGAUGAUAGUUUAGGAUGCGCUGUGUGGUUUGCUGCUAGAGGUUCUGGUGUUUUACUAAGAGACAAUGAGUUUUAUACAUCUCCUGCUCGUGUGGUGUUGCUAGGCAUGGGCGUGGACGAACUGCUUGGGGGCUACACGCGACAUCGCACGGAGUGGCGACGCUCGCAGAGCUGGGAGCAACUGGGCGACACUCUGGCGACAGAUGUCGCUCGCAUCGGCCAUCGUAACUUGGGUCGCGACAACCGGGUCGUGUGCGACCAUGGCCGACAGCCGCGCACGCCCUACCUCGAUGAGCGACUCGUCGCCUACGUUUUGUCUCUGCAUCCGUCCAAAAGGUGCUACUUGUCAGACACUCUACCGGUGGGAGUUGGGGACAAACUGCUGCUGCGUCUAGUUGCUUGGAAGUUGGGACUCCGUAACUGUGCCACAUUACCUAAGCGAGCCAUGCAGUUCGGGUCGCGCAUUGCCAACAGCAAGGAGAAAGGCAGCCAAGUGUGUGACAGGCUUUGAAUUCAAUUCGAAAUUCAUCUCAUCUUUCGGGAAUUUUAAUGAGGAUGUUGUCCAAAUAAGCCGUGGACUAGUGCCUGGAUAAUGGGGAGCGAUGGAUAACAGUGGGUGACCAUUGAUGUUUCAACUGAACCUGGAUUAGAUGUAUGUGACAGGCUUCGUAAACAAAUUAACGCCAUCUUGAUGCCCAAAUUUGUGGGAGGAUGAUACCCACAUGUGGGUGGGAUUGUGUGUGAGUUAAGGUCGUGAUAGAUGAAAGUGGGAAUUGAAUAAUGCUGGGAAAUCCAUUUUACACACACAGGGUACAAUAAAACAAUUGAUUAUAAAGGGUAGUUGAGUGUGAGAAAUUGGGUACAGAACAGGUGGAGGUGGGUUACUGAGUCCCAGACUUGUGUAAUUAAAUCAUAAUGGUAGUUAUGGUUGAUGGUGAGAGAUGAGUGGACCUAGUUUUAGGUGGGUUCCGAACCGCCGUGAAGUGAUUUUAAAAGGCUGUGAUUUCGUAUUUUUUUCGAUGUGUAUCACGUACUUUUAUUACUGUAUUAUUAUUUUAUUUCAUGUACUUCUAUUUUUAUUAAUGUGUAUGAAAUGUGCCUAUUAUAUAUUGGGAUUGUAAUUAAAACUAAUUGUAUUUGAGAAAA